GUCACUAGAGAGUCACAGAGAGUAGAGAGUAGAGAGUCACUAGAGAGUCAUAGAGAGUAGAGAGUCACUAGAGAGUCACAGAGAGUAGAGAGUCGAUGGAGUCUUCUUCUGCUGCUUCUUCAGUGGCCACCAGCGGUACUGAACCUCUGCUGGGAGUCGCCCUACCUGGGGGAGAGGUCCAGGUUCUGGUGGACGUGGGUGGAGAGCCUUGCCUGGAGGUUGAGUGUGGGGACGAGAGGGCCCUACUCUAUGUCCGGCGACUUUGCCAGGGCAGCAAAGGGCCGUCCAUCCGCUACCGGGGAGACUGGCUCACCCCGAACGAGUUCCAGUUCGUGUCCGGGCGGGAGACUGCCAAAGAUUGGAAGAGAAGCAUCAGGCAUCGUGGCAAGAGUCUCAAGACGCUGAUGUCCAAGGGCGUCUUGCAGGUCCACCCUCCCAUCUGCGACUGUCCUGGCUGCCGCAUCUCCUCGCCCGUGAAUCGAGGCCGUCUGGCUGAUAAGCGUGCCCACAUGGCCCUCACCACCACCGCCUCCACCGCCUCCACCGCCUCCACCGCCACCACCGCCGCCGCCGCCGCCGCCACCGCCGCUCCCGGCAGAGGGAAGGAAGCAACGGCCUCCUCCUCCUCCUCCUCCGGUGGAGCGGCCGACGGGGGAGCGCGCAGGGAGGCCGUGGCACGGCGAAGAGAUAGUAAUCUGUCCGCCAUCAUAUCGAGUUUGCACCACAGCAAGCGGCUGGCCACCGUCAGGGACGGGAGCGACGUACACGGCGAAGACCUCGCGUCUGGGAGCGAGCGACCAUCGCGAGGAGACUCACCACCUCUGAAGCGGUUUAGAGAAUGCACUUCCAGUCCAACCAGCAAGAACAACACACACACAGAUGACAGCUGCUGUGACUCGCCACCUCAGCCGUCCAGUCCACGUUACCAUGACGAGGGAAGUCUUCCUGACAGGGAUGGCAACUGCUCUUUGACCCCUACCCACAAUGCAGCAUUCCUGGGACUCCGCCCCUUCCUGGGCUUGCCACCUCUCCUCUCACCACUGCCCGGGUUUCCCGGGAUCCUCUCUCCGGGUCACGCCGAGCUGUUGGCAUGGCAACAGGAGCUGCUGAGGAGGCACGGCCUGGCAAGGCUGGACCCGUGCCUGUGCCCCAGUGGGGGUGAGUUGCUGCUGCGCCAGCUGGAGCUGGAGCAGCUUCGCCGGAUCGUCCUAUCGGAGCUGCCCGCCGUCGCCGCGGCGACCGCCACGGCCAAUCACGCGGCGGCGGCGGCGGCGGCGGCCGCCGCGGCCGCCUCCUACUGCGCCCCGCCCGCCCAGCAGCCAAUCCCGCGGCUCGACGCCGAGCUGGGGGCGGAGCUCCGCGGAGGGUCUCAGGGCAAGGGGCAGCAGCAGCAACAGCAGCAGGUGAAGGGAGGGGGCGGAGACACGUGCACCUGUAACCAUGACGACCAGGACACCCCCGGAGACCGGGUGACCAAUGGGAGCGCAGCGAGCGGCAAGAAGGGAGGGGCCACACUGGAGUUCGACUGGAGGGAGGCUGGGGUGAAGCUCCUUGGAGCUGCGAACCUCCCCCUGCACCUCUCCCUGCCCUUCACUCACAGCCCACUCCUGCCCGCAGCUCUUAUAUCAUCGCCUGCAGCAAAUCGGUUGGUGGGAGUGACCUCAUCACUCGGACGGCGGUGUCCGUCCUGACCUCGCACAGCCCGGAGACCGUCCGGUGAGACAC